ACAAUGGAGUUUUUGAUACGCACGAUAAUUAACGGUAAAGUGUACAUCAACGGUGAAAAUAUACUUCAUGCAAUGUGUCGCCAUGGAAACUUAUUUUUCCUUUCUAUACUUGCACAGUCGAUCAAUAAGAAUCAUCGAUAUUUGCUGAACGAGUAUAAUCGAGAAGGCCGAAAGUGCAUCCACAUCGCUGCAGUUUUGCACAAGGGCCAGGUUGCAACCGAUAUAAUAACAAUCCUGGUGAAUUUUGGCGCUGAUAUUAACGGAAGAGUGUUGUGUACUGGUGAUACUGUGCUGCAUAUAGCCGUUUAUUUGAAAGACUAUUACUUAGCUAAGUGGCUUUGUAGGCGUGGUGGGAUCAAUAGAAACGCGCGUAACUAUGCAGGACUCACACCAUUUCAAAUAGCUUGGAAGAAAAACGAUCACAAGAUGAUGAUGAUUUUAUGGAAUAAUUAUGCUGUUUGUAAAUCAAUACGUUCAAGUAAAAAAGCUCCUAUUAAUUACUGGAUGUAACCUAUGCCUGAACACUCAAGCUAUUGUUGUUCACCUUUAGUAUUAUAUUAUGAUUUUUCGUAUAUUUAUGAAUGUUUUAAUCUAAUGUUUUACAGAACUAACUUAGUUAUAGCCAUAACCUUAUUUUUUGCAUUGCACUACUAGAAUACAUGUUUUGCGCGCAAUUGCGCCCGUAUCAUCGUUCAUAUAUUGUUGUGUUAAUUUUGUACAAUUACUUUCCUGUGAUCAGCCAAUCACGUUACUCAUAGUUUGGCUUUACUUACAUGGCAUGUCUCUUAUUUUACAAGGAUGUGUAAUUAUUGUACUUUUAGAUUAAGUUACUAAUUGGCUUAGAUUUUAAUAUUUUUAAUACACUCAAGAAAGUGAAUUUAUUCAAAAGUAAAGAUGUCCAUAGCUUUUAAACUAUUAUAUAAUUAAAUUUGUUAGCAAAUCGAAAUAGUUUUAUUUUAUAUUCCGAUCAUAAUAUUUUUAUUGGUGAACGGUUGAACAUUCAUAGCAUCGCUACGCUCAAUAGUUAAGAUAUCAAUUACUUGGAGUAAACAGUAAAACUGCUAAUUGUAAGUCUUAUGUUCACCACAGACUCAAUCUCAAAUUCUUAAAAAAAAAAAUCAAUCCACUCAAGUAUAAAUACAGUGGUGAUAAAUACUCAAGAUUCUACGUUAUUAUUAAGAUUAUUGCUUAGUUUUGAGUAAGAUAACAACGAUAACGAACAUUUGUUUUAAUUAUGCAAACUAUAAUUACUCGAUAAUUGUUGUACUGGCAAGAGUUAGUGCGCCACCUACUUUUAUCUCACAAGUUUCAUCCGUCAAAGUUGUAAUGAGAAUAAAAGUACAGGUAACUUCUAAUAAACAUUUCGAUGCUUAUUUUGGUUAUGCGCCUACUACCUAUACCUGAACAUACAGUUCAUUACAUUAUCUCAUAAAAAAAAACGAAUUUAGUUCAAAUGUUUAGGUAGAGUUCAAAAAUGUUCAUUGUUUUGUUGAACGAGUCUCUGAGAAACUUAAAAUUCAUUUACGAUGUACCUACGGAUAUGUUUACAAUUAACUACGCCUAGCGGCGAAGUCGGCGUUCCCAAACCAGACAGCAUGUCGCCGCUGUGAAUUUGCUGAUGGUUAUACGGACUAUGAGGAAAACGACGAACUGUAAUGACUCAUCGAUACUACGCUUUGACGGUCACGUAUCGUCGCAGUAUUCAUAGCUUUUUAACGUGUUUGAAAGUGUUAAAAGAAAUAUACCACAUUCCGCAUUUUAUGAUGUGUUACCAAGA